AUGGCCACAGCCUCGUUCAAAUUUCCCGGCGUGAGGCAAUUGACAGCGUACGCGGUCUCGUUCGCUCCGCUAUACGCCGCGUGUUUUGCCAGUUUCGCCGCGUUCGUGUGGUCCGAAUUGUUUCUACACCCGAGACUGUCCAAGCAGUUUCGCACCGACGACCCCGCGAUCAGCAAGAGCUACGUUCCACAGGAGACGGUCACUAAUGCCCAGUGCCUGGCGAUUGCGUUCCCGCUGCCCGUGGUGGUGCUGAGUUGGUGGUGCUGGCUGGGGCGCGACGCCCUAGUGGAAAAUCGGUACAUGGUGCACUCGUACGCGCGCGUGCGUAAACCAGAAUGGGUGCCAGCGCGCUGGCACCUGUAUCACGCGAGCUGCGUGGUCCUGGUGCUUGUCCUGGGCAUCAACGGAGUGUUGACUAACGGACUGAAACUGGCCAUCACCAACGCGCGCCCGGACUUCCUGGCGAGGUGCAAGCCGGUAGACCCCACAGCACCAUACGUGGGCUACGACCAGUGCUCGCAAUCCGACAAAUGGAUUCUCUACGAGGGUCUGAAAAGCACUCCCAGCGGCCACUCUAGCUUCGCGGCCGCGGGGCUCGGGUUUCUAUACGUGUGGCAGACACACCACACGCGCGUGUCGCGCGUGCGACACUUCUGGUGUCCCGCACUGUGCUUUUUGGUGAUGGUCUCGCGCGUGGUGGACCACCGCCACCAUUGGUACGACGUGCUGGCCGGCGCAGCGCUCGGCGCGGCUGUGAGCGGCCUAGCUUGGACCAAGUGGAUGCGGGAAGAGCCCGUGGAGCCAGUGCUCCCGGUGUGA